CGAGUCUGCUGGGCUGCGUAAGGAGCCGAGUGGCGCACGCUUCCUUCCAGGUGUUGUUUACUAAGAUGUCAUCCUCAUAGGAGACACAGAGGCUGAGAAAUGACACUACAAUUAGAAUUGCUGCCACAAUGGGAAUUGUAUCUUUACCUAGUUCUUUCUUUUGGCUUCCAUUUUUAUUCUUUCUAUGAAGUGUUCCUAGUCUCUCGAGAAUAUGAAGAGGAACUUGACAAAGCAUUUGAACUGGAAACUGAUACACUGUUUGGGGGAUUUAAAAAGGAUCCCAUGGAUUUUGAAUGGACGUUUUGGAUGGAAUGGGGACAACGAUAUAUACUAUGGCUUCUUUUUUGUCAUUUAAUAGUAUCACAGUUGUCCAAUCUGUACAUGAAAAAGUAUAAGCCUUGGGUUUUGAUGGCCUAUGGGAUGACAGCCUGUUGGUUUCUGUUGGGCACCAAUGGUUUCAUAAUGAUCUUGCUACAUACAAGUGUUUCAUACUUUGUGGCUCAGUUUAAAAACCCAGUUCUGAUUUGGCUGAGCUCCUUGCUUCUGCUAUUGACUUUACACAUACCUGCCCUGGAAGACAUAAAGAGAGGCUGGUAUGCCAGUGAAAAUGAGUACUACUUGCUCCUUUUUACCUUAAUGGUCCGCUGCCUCUACUACACAAGCUUCAGUCUGGAGUACUGCUGGGCUAAAGAGAAGAUGCAUUAUUCAUUCCUUUGGAUGUUGGCAUAUGUGUUCUAUUAUCCUGUGCUUCACAAUGGGCCAAUUAUCACCUUUGAUGAAUUUUAUGAACAGAUGACUAAUCAAGAUUUAGGUGGCUUGAAGUCUAAUCUUGGCAUUUUCAUCUGUGGCACCCUUCGUAUAUUGUUUUGGUGGUGGCUAGCAGAACUGAUGAUCCAUUUUAUGUAUAUACAUGCAAUUUACAGUAGCCCUUCACAUUUGGAAGCAGUAAGCUACUGGACCUUAGGUGGCCUAGCAUUGGCUCAAGUCCUAUUUUUUUAUGUGAAAUACCUUGUUCUCUUUGGUGUUCCUGCCCUCAUCAUUCGAAUGGAUGGACUCAAGCCUCCUGCUUUACCUCGCUGUGUAAGCACUAUGUACAGUUUUUCUGGAAUGUGGAGAAGUUUUGAUGUUGGACUACAUAGAUUUCUUAUCAGGUAUAUUUACAUCCCAAUGGGAGGAUCUCACUGCAGUCUGUUUAAGAUGUGGUUUUCCACAGCAAUCACAUUUGCUUUUGUAAGCUAUUGGCAUGGUAGCCAAAGCUACCUUUGGUCUUGGGCUGUGCUUAAUUGGCUUGGAAUAACAGCUGAAAAUGGAGUGAAGAGGCUGGUUUCUCUCCCGGUUGUUCAUGACUUCAUUAGCCAUUUUUUGUCAGCAAGAGGUUGUCAACGGCUCCAUGCAGCUCUGGCAUCCAUUUCUACUACGUUCCUGAUUUUUUCCAACCUUAUCUUUCUUGGGGGAAACCAGGUGGGGAGAAUCUAUUGGAACAGGAUCUUCAAGGAAGGCUGGCCAUGGACAACACUUUCUGUUUUUGGAUUCCUGUAUUGCUAUGCUAAUGUUGGGAUCAAAUGGCAACAGAUAUAUUCCAAGGAUUAGCAGGUGUCUAAAGAGAUGACAUUGAAAUCUUAAAGAAGGGACCGAGCAUCUUUACUUCAGUGUGCUACAUUCCAGUAUUUCCGGAUGCAAGAUGCAGCUUAUUAUAUAUAAACAUUUAUGGAUUCACAAACAUGCAUUCACAAACACUAAUUCAAAUUCUGUGUUCUAUGAAAUGCAAACAUUUUUCAAAUGUAUUUUUCUUUCAGGAUGGUAUUUAUAUGCUCCAACUCCAAGUAUUUGAAGUUUCAUACAUACUAUAGGGAUGUGUCCAGCAGAAGGGUAUAACCCACCCAAAGUUAAGCAUUUUAAAUCACAUGAAUUAAAAAUCAUAGCUCCAGUGUACAAUGGCCAAGUCUGCACCUCUGUUCCAGAAAAAUCCCAGGAAGUAGAUCUUACAGGUACGUUUGGUUUGGAGAAUUAUGAAGAGAGUUAAUGGUACCCUCCCACCCUCCACUUUAUCAAGCUCUUCUUUCAGUUCUCUUUGGUUGACUGUAUAGAGGUGUGGAUGCAUGGGAACAUAUGAGUGACUGUAUAUAAAGAGCAUAACAAGGACAUCCAAAGUUUUAAUUUAGAAUAAUUUUUAUAGAAGGUUAAAAAUGUUAACAUCAUAUUGAAAAGUAGAGGAAAGAGAUUACUGAAGUAAUA